AUGAAACUGAAAUCGGUAUAUUUUUCCGGAGAAGCUGCAGAAAUUGCUGAAUUUAACACCCAUUUAUCUCCACCAAUGCCUGCCGCCGGAAGAGUUGCGCUGCCGCCGGGUACAGCGGCAAAAUGCGACGGCGACGCUCAUAAUUGUCCGUGGCGGCCAUUUACAAAUUCCAAGGAUUUCAAAGAAAACACCGUCGUGAUACUACUUGUCCUUAUAAUUGCUUUAAUCUGCGCUCUAGUUUUCAAUGCUGCAAGUCGGUAUAUCAUACGCAUGAACUGCUGCCGGAGGCGGCGUGACUCUCAGCAGUCAUCAGAUGAGAACCAGGAUGUGGAAAUGGCACAGCCAAAGACAGUUCUCAGCUCUGGUAUGACCGAGACGGAGACGGAAAUCACGACCCAGGUGUAUUCAGUGGGGAUGAAGCUGGCGGGGGAAGAGGCGGAGUGUACAAUCUGCUUAUCGGAAUUUGCAGAUGGGGAGAAAAUUAGGGUUCUGGAGAAAUGCAGCCAUGGCUUCCAUUUGCAGUGCAUAACACAAUGGCUGGCUGCUCAAACCUCUUGUCCUACGUGCAGAGCGAGUUGUGAUCUUUGA